UUUUUACAGGAAAAAAUUGUUUUCACAAUUUUUUCUCAAUUUUUUUUCAAAUUCCAGUUAAAAAAUAUGAAUUUUCGUCGAUUUCUGCACACAACAUAUCGAAUUUCCACUCCAGAAUUUCGCCAACAAUUCGAACUUCCCGCGCAAUAUGACUAUCGGCAGUGGUUUCCAAUGCAUAUGUCCGUACAAUUGAAAAAAAUGGAAGCGAAAUUGCGAUCCGUCGACUUGAUAAUUGAGGUUUUGCAUGGAAAAUGGAACUUUUACGAUUUUUUUUUUGGAAAAUCUGUAAAAUCACCGGAAAAACGCUGAAAAACCGAAAAACUGGUGUAAAAAACUGGUGUCCACGACGCCAGAAUCCCGAUUACCGGCCGAAAUCAGCAGUUUUUUCGACAUUUAUACGCUAUUCGACCGCAUAUUCUCGUCCUGAACAAGUGUGACUUGAUAGAUAUGAAGAAAUACAAGCACCAAAUCGAGGAUUAUUACUACGAGCGGGGCGUUCAAAAAGUUUUAUUCACAGACUGCAAAAAACGGCUUCCAAGAGCUCUGAACGAUGUGAAGCUGUCAAUGUUAGACGCUUUGGAGAAUACGCCACGUUUCAAUCGAACCGUCAAAACAGAAUAUCAGGCAAUGGUCGUCGGAAUCCCGAAUGUCGGAAAAUCAUCCCUAAUCAACGCGAUUCGAACACAUACGCUCGGAAUUAAGCGUAAAGCUGUAGAAGCCGGCGCGAGACCAGGAGUAACGGUCCGUGUCCAAAAUCGGGUCCGAAUUCUCGACAAACCGCCCGUCUACAUUAUUGAUACACCCGGAGUACUAUCACCAAAUCAUCGAAAUGUCGAAGAUGCUAUGAAACUGGCAAUGUGUGAUUUAGUACUAGAAAGUCAUGUUAAUUUGUAUUAUUUGGCUGAUUUCUUGCUCUUUUGGCUUAAUCGAUCGGAGGAUUUUUCAUAUUUGGAGCUGCUGGGAAUUAAUCAGAAAUUCAGGAAAAAUUCCGAGAAAAAUGAGGAAAAUUUAGAUAUUUCGCCGAAACAGGCUCCAAUUGAUGAUAUUCAGCAAGUUUUGGCCCUAACUUGCGCUGCAAAUGACUUUAGAAUUCAACAAAGUAUUGGAGAAAGAUGGGAUUUUGAUCGAGCCGCCAAAUAUUUCAUUCAACUCUACAGAAAUCGAAAAUUCAAGGAUUCUUGCCUCGAUAAUGAGCAUUUUUUGUAUCGAAAUUAGGAGAUUUUUCGUUGAUUUUUCAUGUUUUUUGUUGUUAUUUUUAGAAAUAUUUGAUAAAAACUGCAUUU